CCUAUUGAUCACUACACUUUAAACCAUCUUAUUUUAAUGCCUAGUACCUCGUCCGCUUCGUGUAAUCUCUUUUCUGCCCAGUAGCCAUCAAAGCGUGAAGCUUUUCUUUGGAAAUUUUCCAAUUACUUAAAAGCUACCCCGUUUACAUUAUACACGUGUAGAUUUCUCGCUAACCCGAAUCGAUGGACAGUGGCGAACUGACGUUCACCUAUUUUUAAUUCCAUUAAUCAGAUCGCACCGGAGACUUUGAUGGACGGAAGGAAAACGUCUUCCCGAUUGAAAGAAAAUACGUCAUACGCUUGUUUGCAUACGUCAGCGAUGGAUUUUCGUCAGUUGGAUUGAUGCGCGAUGACCCUGAAUAUGACCGAAUGGACACCAAAUACGAUCCCCGCUUAUUCGCGUGUUUGGAGGUAGAAUCGAACGCUAACAAAUCGAUGAAACGCUUCGACGGAUUUUACUAUGCUAUAUCCCCGCGUCUGCACGACGAAGUUCAACAAGUCCCGGAGGGGAAAAUAAUCCCAGCUGAUUUUCGCGAAGACGUUGUACUCGGAAAAGUUUCGCAUCGUCACGAAGAUACUGGAAGGACCACGUGCUCCGACUUGAACCCGAAUAUCGGAGAGUGGAAAACUUCGCGGGGAUUAAAAGCGUCCGAGUUUCGAACGAUUCCAUCUCCUACUCGCACCGGAGUUCACGGGUUUCGUGCGAAGAUACCGAAGGGUAUUUUCGCACGGUGAUGUGAAAUGUGGGGCGAUCGGAUAUCUGAGCGACGAUGGAUGGCGUGUCAUCGUUAGUGGGCUGUUUUCUAUCGCAAGAGUUACAUGCUGCAGAGGUGCGAUCUCAAUUCCCUAAUUCAUUAGCGAUCGUACGUGGACUGCACGCCAUCAGCUGCAGUAUAGCGUAUAUAAGCUGUUAUCGAUUCGGAAUAAUUUUGAACAGCUGGCACACGGUGCAUGUAGAUGAGGAAUUUCACACCCAGUCGCACUAGGUUAAUCGCAGUAGGUUAAAUUAGAAGCUAGUUAGUCGGUUUCGUUGACUCUUCAACGCUCGUUAAUCUCUCCUGCAGUUCUAAUUAGCUUAUCGAACAAGGAAGGCGUCGGUAGUUAAAGAAAAACGUGUUACGAAUCAAAAGGUCUUUCCAACAACCUCCGGAGGUAUAAAAGAAAUAAACUUUCGAGUAGUUUUUUGUCCGCUCUUCGUCGAUCCGCGAUCCAGCGACGUUAUCUCACCCGAUUCAAAGAGGAAAUAACGAGAAGAAAAUGGGAAAACUUCUCUGCGGCUACAUCGCUGUUCUCUUCGGCAUCGCGUCACCCUUUCCCCUUGACUCGGAUAUGACCGCGGGACUCGUCGACUCUGGCGUAUCUCUCGACGAAGGAAUUAUCCUCGAGGGAGACAUUAUCUCCUUGAAGACCCCUUACUCAAAAAAUCUAGUCGUCGACCAGUCAGAGCUUUGGCCGAAUAAGGUAUUCCCCUAUACAUUCAGCGGGGAAUUCAGCAACUCCCAAAAAUUCAACAUCCAGGCCGCUAUCAGAGACCUGGCCAGCCAAACCUGCGUUCAAUUUCGUGAAAGAACCAACGAGCCCACUUACGUCGUAUUCAAAAGCUUUUCCAAAAUGUGCGCGUCCGUUGUCGGCUACUCGGAUUUAAAGGAUUCCGGGGGUGCGAUGCCAAUUUACGUCUCAGCGCCCGGCUGCGAGCUGAGGGGUCAGAUUCAGCAUGAAAUUUUGCAUUCUCUGGGAUUUUGGCACGAACACACGCGACCCGAUCGGGACGAACAUGUCACGGUGCAUUGGGACAACGUGAAACCUGGAUUCCAGAGCAACUUUGAGGCAAAGACGUGGACUAAUUCCCAGACCUUGGGACUCCCGUACGAUAUCGAUAGUGUGAUGCACUACAGUGAUAGCGCAUUUAGUAGGGAUGGGUCGUCAACUCUGACACCGAUCCAUACGAAAAAUUACUGGAAUAUGGGGCAAAGAUUUCGCGUCAGCAAACUUGACAUUGCAAAACUUAAUCGGCUCUACGAUUGCGACGAUCGAUAUUACAAGGGAAGGGAUCUGACGAGAUAGUUAUUCGAAUUAUUUUAUUGAUCAAAUUACAAGAUAUAAUAUCUACAGAUCGGAUAUCCGUAAAAAGUCUAUCUACCGUAAAGUCGAUGUAAUGUUACAAAAGUCUCACAGUGGUUACCUUGAAAAAAAAAGUUUCUUUUUUUUGCCAUCCGCGCAAAUUUUAUAAACAAAAAAAAAAUAUCUCCUGGCUUCCGAUCCUCGCGUAAAAAAAGUAAAUAAA